CCUUUUUGGCACAUCCUCAAGUGCUAAGAUCACGGCCUCUCUUUUUAACUAGAGCAAUGCUGUUGUAUUCUACAGAUUUAUACAGAAUUCCUGAUAAAUGUUUGCUAUGAAAAUUAUGUUCUGUCGAUGCAGUCUCCUGGAUAUCAAUAUUUCCUGGAGAGCUCUUCGCCGUUAGAAGUAUAAAGCAAGUCUCUCUGCCUCCCUCUCUCUCUCUCCCCUCCCACCCUUCUCUCUCCGUCUGCAAGAAAGAUGACUCUCCUUUCGCGAAUUCCGCUCAGAAGAAGCUUCUUUGCAUGCCACCAUCGAUCAAUCCCUAGAUUUCUAGACAACCACUACCCUUCUCCUCAACUUUUGUCUCCAGAAACCCCAUCUUCGAGGACACCCAUUUCAUUUCCCAGCGAUUACAGCCCCCGAACUCGCGUUUUUAAUAGUACCCAUACUUCCAUUUUGAAGAACUAUGGUGGACUUCGGCGAUUCUCCAAUGAAACUGAUCGCGUAGAUUACGAAAAGGAAGUGGACGAGAUCAAUCUCAAGUUCGUGGAAGCGAGGGAAGAGAUCGAUCUUGCCCUGGAAGCGAAGGACACGGUCUAUUUCAACCAAGAGGCGGACACAGCGAGAGAAGCGGUGAAGGUCGUCAUCGACAUGUUCGAAGAUUUAUCGGCGCGGUUGCCGGAACACGAGAGGCGGGCGCUGAACAGGUCUAUGGGUCUGAAGAUGGAACAACUGAAGGCUGAGCUUGAGCAGUUGAACGAAUGAUGAGAGGUCGUGGUUUCAUGUUCUCGCCUUUCCUGUUUUAUUGUUGAACUCAGAGAUUUUGGCAAUGAGCUGUAGUUUUCCUGGAGGAACUUUGACAAAGCCGGAGAUGAAUGUGCAUAUUUAUCCACUUUUGCCUAAUGCUAGGGUAAUGAUAAAAACGUUCCGGUGAAAACAUGUUGCCUUUCUUAGUUUUCUUGAUGCAGAUUUGCUCCAAGAAAGUGACAAUAAAGACCCCUAAAUAACAGAGUGCCAGUGACGAUAUGUUGAUGUGGCACUCCUUUUUGUGCA